GGUCCUCCCCGGCCCCCCAAAAGUUCUCUCCAUUUUUCGGGUGCACCAAGUCUCUCUAUCGAGAUACCGGUGUUUUUGGGGGCGAUAACGAGACCAUGCUCCCGUUGGGGCAUUGUCCGCGGGAUGGGUAGCCGAGGUUUAAUCUAUAUUUAGUGUUGUUCGGUGUGGCCGAACUAAGCGUGAACCAUGUCAGUCGUCGGUGAUUGUUGGUGGUGCGUGGAGGGAUUUUGUUUUUGGUGUAAGCAGUAACCAUGAUAGCACUAAGGGUGGCCUGGCUGUUGGUUUCCUUCAGUCUAGCGGUCGAUGGAGCAAACAUUCUCUGUUUGAUGGGAGUUGCGAGUCCCAGUCAUCACAUAUGGAACCGCGCAAUUAUGGAUGCACUGGCACAAGCCGGACACAAUCUUACCAUUCUGUCGGCCGAUGUGGAGAAAAACCAACCAGAUAACGUUCACUACGUUCACCUGGAAGAGAUAUACCCGACGCUCUACACGGGACCCGACUCGAUCGAUCUACUCGAGAUGGCAAACGAAAAUGUGUUCGCCAGUGUAAUCUCCUUCUAUCGUGACUUUGUUGUGCACGAGUGCGCUGGUACUCUGAAAUCGAAGGGACUCCAAGCGGUGCUAAACUACCCAGAAGACUUCCGGUUCGAUCUAGUGCUCCACGAUUUCACUUGUGGGCCUUGUAUGCUCGGUUUGCUACAUAAAUUCAACUAUCCUCCGCUCAUCAGUGUGACCGCGUUCAACAAUCCUCCCUACUCGACGGAAGUGAUCGGUGGCCACAAGUAUUACUCGUACGUUCCAUUCUACUCCUUGAGCUACGGUACGGAUAUGAGCUUUUUGCAGCGCGUGCACAAUACUCUGCUGGGUCUGACCGAUUUGAUAUACCGUAAUUAUGUGUCCAAUCCACGCAUUGAUCGCAUGAUGCGAGACUAUUUCCCCUACCCCGAUCUCCCGUACGCUCCCGAGUUACACCAACGGUCCAAGCUGAUGCUGGUGAAUGCUCACUAUUCGAUUGAUUUCCCCGAGACGGCGCCACCAAACUUGAUCGCGGUCGGUGGGCUACAGAUCAAGGAUCCGGCACCGCUGCCCCAGGAUUUAGAGCAGUUUAUGAACGCCAGCCGUAAGGGUGCGGUACUGUUCUCGCUCGGCACGAACGUGCGCAGUGAUCAGCUCGGACCGGAACGGCAGCGUAUGAUCAUCGAAGCGUUGCGUCAACUGCCUGCUUAUCAUUUCUUGUGGAAGUUUGAAACGGGGCUGGAUAUUCCACUACCAAAGAAUGUAAUAAUUAAACCCUGGUUACCACAGAACGAUAUCCUGGCACAUCGGACAACCAAGGCGUUCAUCACGCACGCGGGACUUUUAAGCACACACGAAGCCACGUGGCACGGUGUGCCGAUCGUUGGCAUACCCUUCAUUGCCGACCAGCACCGCAACCUAGAACGGUGUGUUCGCAAAGGGAUAGCGAGGCGCGUACCAUUCCAGACGCUAUCCACCGCGGGCCUGAAGCAAGCGCUGGUCGAUGUGCUAGAGGAUCCACAGUAUCGUACCAAAAUGGCCGCACAAUCGGCCUUGUUUCGUGAUCAACCCGAGAAACCGUUGACACGAGCUGUCUGGUGGAUCGAGUGGGUGCUACGCCACCCCCACGAGACGCAGCUGGAUUCUCCGGUGCUGAAACUCGGGUUUUUCAAAACCAAUCUACUCGAUGUGAUACUUUUUUUGGCUUUCCUCCCCAUCGCGCUGCUGUUGGUUUGUUUGCGAAUCUGUCGAAGGACAAACCCUGCGAAGGCUAAGGGCGACAAAAAACGGAACUAGGAAGCGGCAGUAGCGCGAGACGCUUGCGUAUGUGCCAGUUGCACAAAUAAUUCAUGGUACACCGAGGUGGCCCUUGAUGGUGGUACGACUUUGGAGUGAAACUAUAGUAUUUAAAGUCAUGAGCAGGAACAGAGGAUCGACUAAUAGCAAAUCUCAGUUCCAAGCCCUACAACACAACUCGUGCAAACAGAAGACACCAUGAUCGGAGUGCAGCAAGUGAAAUCCUUCUUGGUGGUGCUGGUCCUGACGAUGUGCCUCACAUCCUGCAUGGCCGCAACGGUUUGUGACAUCGAACAGAAGGCAAACUACGGAACCUUGCUUCAACAAUAUUGCGACGUGUCGGCAGCAGUGUUCAAUAGAAUUUCCGCCACCGUAUGCAGCUCUGGAUAUAGUAAUCUCUGUUUUGUGUGAGGGA